AUGGACUUGACUACUCGUCGUGGGGACUUGUUAGAAGGUGGAGCGACCGAUGUACUAUCUCUGAACGGGACUGAACAGGUGUGCCGGGAACUAGUGAACGGAACGGAGGGUGGUUGUGACGUCAGCGGCGUAACAGCACAAGUGACUACUUCAAGAAAGACGAGCUCUUUUAGUAUCAGGAACCUCGUCGGCACAUCGGACUCAGAUAGAUCAGCCGACGGCAUCACGAACGCCAGUGAUGGUAAGUCCUAA